AUGCGACUUUUAUUUCAACCCCACCAAACUUAUACUGAUAAGCUCCCAGGCUCUGGUAUUGCACCGUUCCUCCCUAUCCCAGGCGAUCCUCUCGGUCUGCAAGCGCCCCUUCGCGUCUUCCUGUUCUGCUUCCGCCUCCCACUGUUUAUCUUCGUCACUCUGAGCUAUUUCUUGAUACUACAAUGGCUUCCUAUCGGCUCGCUAGGAAAAAAGGCUGCUUUGUGGUGCAUUCUUGGAGUGCCCAGCAUCUGGUGGGUUGAUCUCCAGGUGGACGGAGUGCGAAAAGGGUCUUUGAAGCAGCAACAGGCUCGUUUGCCGCAGCCCGGCUCAGUCAUCGCCUCGUCUUUUACUUCGCCCAUCGAUGCGGUAUAUCUAGCAGCUAUAUUCGACCCGAUCUUCACCGCAUCCUACCCCAACACCCGUCAGGUCGAGCGCAUUUCUCUGCUCCAAGCUAUCCUACGAGCUUUUGCCGUCCCGUCGACGGAACCGGCCCCUGGUGCGCGCAUGGUAGAUGUCUCAACACUGGUAGAGAAGCACCCUAACCGGCCAAUUGUCCUGUUCCCAGAAUGCACCACGACGAACGGUCGCGGGAUCUUGACUUUGAGCAACUCUCUCCUGAGCGCUUCUCCCAAGACCAAGAUCUUCCCCGUCAACUUGCGGUACACACCCAUGGAUAUCGUGACCCCCAUUCCUGGGAGUUAUAUAAGUAUGCUGUGGACACUUCUCAGUAAGCCGACACACUGCAUCAGAGUACGCAUUGCCGAGAGCAUCACGGCGGACCAAAAUGCUAAAGACGCACCACCUGCGCGAUCAACCCGGAAAACAACCUAUAACACCAAUUACUUGGACAUCCUUGACCAAGAUGGCAAAGAAGAAGAGGCUUCCAUCAGCGAGAAAGCGCUGUUAGACAACGUGGCGGAUUCGCUAGCCCGCCUCGGCCGAGUGAAGCGCGUUGGGCUGGGCGUGAAAGACAAGAAGGAGUUUGCCAGGGCUUGGAGCCACAGUCGUUCGAGCUGGUGA